AUGCGUUAUAAAUGUCUACAGAAACAGCACAUCUAUAGUCAAAAGGCACUUCCGAUAAAGGGCUGUAUAUCCAUCAAGAGACUACAGCUUGCUGAAACGAGAUCGGGCGGGGACAUCGGUCAAACCGAUGUUACUUCUCUCGGGCAACUGCCGAGAUACAUGUUCGAUGAUGUUUUGCGCAAGCCGACUUCCAUCCCUCAACCAUUCAAGCUUCCGCUUCUGGGAAAUGUACGAGAUUUCAUAGGAAGUUUUGGUUCUGCAGCUCAUACCUUUCUUCAAAAGCGAGCCAGACAAAUGGGAGAAAUUUAUCAGUUCCAGGCCCUCGGGGAGAAAAUGGUGUUCCUUUUCAAUUACAAGGACGUGGACGCUGUGCGAAAAGCGGAAGGAAAUUGUCCAGAGCAUAUUGAAUUCAGACACCUGAAGAAAUACCGAGAAGAAAGGGGACUGCCAUUAGGAGUUCUUAUAAGCAAGGGCCAGGAAUGGCGCAAGCAGAGACGGAUACUGGCGGAGCCGAUGUUAAAACCUGAAUCUGUGUCCAAGUACUUCACCGGUCUUCACGAGGUAGCGCGAGAUGCCGUCAGUCAUCACGUGACAAGAACGAGAGCGGGUAGACGCCUGGACAUAGAGCGGUUAACAGGGAAAUAUGCGCUUGAAGCUAGUCAUCAUGUAGAUAACCAGAUAGAACGAUGGAAGGCGGAAGGCUAUAUACCAGAAGACUGCAUUCUGGGAAUGCUGUACAAGUCAAACAGGAUGUCACGUGAUGAGCUGCACGUGAACAUCGCUGAUCUUCUGCUGGCUGCCAUUGAUACGACGUCGAGCGCAAUUUUGUGGGCAUUGCACGAGCUUUCACAGCAUCCGCAGGUUGAAGAUGAAAUCCUAAGAGAGUUUGACCACAAACAAGGGACACAACCUCUGACGUACAAAGAUUUACACAAUCUGGAAUAUCUCCGCGCAGUACUUAAGGAAACCCUGAGACUCCAUCCAGUUGCCUUCUUCAGUAGCCGCAUAACAGAACAUGACGUCACAAUACAGGGAUACGACAUUCCAAGAAAGACCCAUCUGGCAUGUUCGAUGUACGUCAUGGGAAGAGACGAGACAUUAUUCCCUGAACCAGAUCGCUUUAAACCAGACAGAUGGCUGGGAGGUCGAAACCUAAUAGGAGGCUUUUUUACAAAAGUCCCAUUCGGAUCCGGAGUUCGCAUGUGUUUAGGUCGGAGAAUUGCGGAAACAGAAAUUUUGCUCUUUCUGCUGGAGAUGUGUAAAGCGUACAGAAUAGAGGCAGAGUCAAAACACUCCUAUUGA